GUUCAAUUUUAGGGAUGACUUGAAAAUAUGAGAAGUCCAAAUUCUUAGAAAAGUUGAGGAGCACAGCAUAGUAUGGCGGCGCUGGCGAGGAUUUUGCGGUUGCAGAGGCGAUUCGUUCCAACACAACCAUUCCAAUCUGAUCGCUUCCCCAUCGUUCAAGCUUCCUCUUGGCAUUCUUCUAUCAAUACAAUAUUAAACAGAUAUGGAUUUCUUAAAAGGGAGGCCUCGACACUGACAAAUCCAAAUAAACCCGUUUCUGAAGAUGUAGAAAACAAUGAAGCCGAUACCUUGAAGUCUAAUGUGAACUCAGAUAAUGUCCCUACAUCCAUGAGCAUUACCGAGAACUCUGCCAUAAAGUUUUCGGCUAAUUCCAAUUUGAAAACAUCCUCAAGGCACGAUCUUGCUAUGAUUUUCACCUGCAAGGUCUGUGAAACGAGGUCCAUUAAGACAGUUUGUCGUGAAUCAUAUGAGAAAGGUGUAGUGGUAGCAAGAUGCGGUGGAUGUAAUAAUCUUCACUUGAUUGCAGAUCACCUUGGAUGGUUUGGCGAACCAGGAAGCAUUGAGGACUUCCUGGCUACUCGGGGAGAAGAAGUUAGAAGAGGGUCAGUUGAUACACUAAAUCUUACAUUGGAAGAUAUAGCUGGAAAACAAUCUUGAAAGGUACAAUUUGACCAAAUAUAUAUAUAGGCUGCAUUAGUGUAGCACUGAGAUAUUGGAAGGGUGAGGGAAAGUAACAUUUGUUGGUGUUUUGUAAACUCAUACAAUGUCAUGUAUGAGAUUAAAAGUGUUGGGAAAGUAACAAUUGUUGGUGUUUUGUAGCACUGAGAUAUUGGAAGGAUGCAUUAAGUCUUGUGAUUAUUCUGAGAUUUAAAAUGUCUCAUUCAAUGUCAUCUUAUCUUUAUUUAUUUUUGGUACAUACUGAAAUAUUUGUCACAUUCAAAUAUAUAGAGUGGAAGGAAUGCUUUUGAUGGAUCUUA